GGGCAGUGUUUACAGCCCGAGGGCGCCGGCCUGGGCUGAGCCGAGCCGAGCCGAGCCGAACCGAGCCGAACCGAACGGAGCCGAGGCGAACCGAAACGGGCCGAACCUAGGGAGCCGAAGCGAGGCGAACAGAGCCGAGCCGAACGGGGCCGAGCGGAGCCGAGCGGAGCCGAACAGAGCUCAGCCAUCCUUUGAGUGUUCAUAGGAGGCUGCUGAAGAUGGGAGGUGCAGUGAGUGCAGGAGAAGAUAACGACGAGUUGAUUGAUAACCUGAAGGAGGCCCAGUACAUCAGGACAGAGCUGGUGGAACAGGCAUUCCGAGCCAUCGAUCGGGCAGAUUACUACCUGGAGGAGUUCAAAGACAAUGCCUACAAGGACUUGGCGUGGAAGCAUGGAAAUAUUCAUCUCUCAGCACCGUGCAUUUACUCAGAGGUGAUGGAAGCUUUGGACCUGCAACCAGGGCUGUCGUUUCUGAACCUCGGCAGUGGCACUGGUUACCUGAGUUCCAUGGUUGGACUCAUCCUGGGUCCUUUUGGGGUUAACCACGGUGUGGAGCUCCACUCUGACGUCAUCGAGUACGCCAAGCAGAAAUUGGACUUUUUCAUUAAAACAAGCGACAGCUUUGACAAGUUUGAGUUUUGUGAGCCAUCCUUUGUCAUAGGCAACUGUUUAGAGAUUUCUCCAGACUGCACUCAGUAUGACCGUGUUUACUGUGGUGCUGGAGUCCAGAAGGAGCACGAGAACUACAUGAAGAACCUGUUGAAAGUUGGGGGAAUUCUUGUCAUGCCUCUGGAAGAGAGGUUGACCAAGAUAACUCGGACUGGUCCUUCUGCUUGGGAGACAAAGAAGAUUCUUGCUGUUUCUUUUGCCCCUUUGAUUCAGCCAAACCACGCAGAUUCAGGAAAAUCAAGGCUCGUUCACUUGCCCCCCGUGGCCGUGCGCAGCCUGCAGGACCUGGCUCGCAUCGCCAUCCGAGGCACCAUCAAGAAGAUCAUCCACCAGGAGGCCGUGGGCAGGGCUGGGGACGGGCUGAGGAGCCCGCCCAGGUUCAAGCGGCGGCGCGUGCGGCGGCGGCGCAUGGAGACCAUCGUGUUCCUGGACAAGGAGGUGUUCGCCAGCCGCAUCUCCAGCCCCUCCGACGACAACAACAACUGCGAGGACGCCGACGGCGAGAGGCCGGAGGAGGAGGAGGAAACCAAACCCUCCGAGCUAAAGCCAGACCCUCCCGUGAACUUUCUGAGAGAAAAGGUCUUGAGCCUUCCUCUGCCCGAUCCCUUGAAGUAUUACUUGCUUUAUUACAGGGAAAAGUAGUUUUCCUUCUUCUAGAAUAUAGGAAGCAGGCAGAGAAUAAAGUAUUCCUUAGGGCUUGACAAACGUGUCCCACUUGCUUGCCUGCGAAUGUGACACCCGAGGCAGCAGGCUGGCUGGGGAAUGUGGCUGCUGUAAACUUCGACGUUAUAGCUUUUUUGAGUUCCUUCUUUCUUCUCAGUUGUGUGCUAUAGUUUUAUCCUACAGCAGGGGUUCCUUAGGAAGCAAGGUGGUGAAGUGCUCAGCUGCGUAGGGAAAGGAGGAUUUAAUUCCCUUGAAACUAACUGCAGGAGAUCCUCCUAAAAAUCUCAUGGCUGCUCUACCGAAUAUCAGUUGGGAAAAACUCCUGAGCAGUUCCCCAAAGACCUUCCCUGUCUGUGCUCUCUCCCAUUAAACCUGCCAUGUAUUUGCCAUGGUGUGUGUUUAAUGGAGAAUGAAGAUUAUUAGUUAAAACCUGACCUGGCAAAUCAUGUUUCUUCCAGUAAUCUGAAAAGCACAACUUUUACAGAAAGGAAAGAAUUUUUGGCAUUACCCUUGUGGCAUCCAGGUUUUGAAUGAGAAGGAAAGCAUCAGCUCCCCUUUGGUUGGUCUGUUUUGCUUGUUAAUUAUAUAAAAUUUUUCAGUAAAAAGUAUUAUAUUGGUUUUGUUGAUGGGAAAAAUAAUGGUUUUGUUAAUUGGAA